UAGUGCCCCAUUUUGUAUCAUAAAAAAGUAAUAUAUUAAAUUAUUUAUAGUUAUUUCGUUUCGUAUAUCUAUCUAUAUAUAGAUAUAUAUUUUAAAUUACGCAUCCUUCAGUAAACAGGAUACAACUAACAAACAAUAUGGCACAGUGACUGCGGAGUGAUUCGUUGCUGUCCUCGAUAGGUGCCAGAGAGGAGUAUUUUGCGUGCCCUAAUAAGAAGCCAAAAAGUCUGCAAAGGGAAAAAGUGUUGCACUCAGGAAAUGGACAUAGAAGUGAGAAUCAUGGAAGAGGCUGUUUCUGACACACUGCUAGAAUCCAUAUGUGAAAAAAACUCUGAUCAACCCAACCAGUUGGAUUCCCCUAACCAGUUAAACACCUCUAAAAUCACAAACACAGAUGCAGUGAACAUUAGGCAGAGCCCAGAUAUUACUGGAUCAGAAAUAUGCAUGACCUUAAGCUCAUACAAAGUAGGUAGUGAAACAACCAUGAAACUGGAUGGCCAAGCUGAAGAAGAGAAAGAUGUGAAACAGAGUGUAGUUGAUCUUGGCUGUGUGGAGGCAAAAACAAGGCAGAGUAUAGAAAAGUUUGGCACCUUAGGGGUAGAAAUAACACAUAGCCCACAGGAAAUUAGUACUGAGGAAAAGAGUCACAUUUGUGACAAAAAUAUGAACACACAGGUGUCGUGCACACAAGGGUCACAUAUCAAGAAUAGCCAUGAGCUAGACAAAUGUCAUGAUCAAGAAAGUUAUAAUACAGACAUUGGACAACUUGGUGUUAGGCAAAAGGACAAAGAUAAUAAGGGCAGUCAGGAGCUGGGUAUAAAACAAAAUCCACCAAAAUAUAGCAUAGAAAAACAAGAAUUAAGCACUGUACAAGACCACAUUACAUGUACCCAGGAUCAAGACAGUGGACAAAGCUCUGAGAAGACUGUCACCCAAAAUCCAGUUCAUGAAACAGAAUUUAUUCAGGGCACAAGUAGUACUGAUAACCAUGGAUUGGUCUUGAAAAUGAGCACAGGUAGCAUGACACAAACACUUCACAAACAGUCCACCAAAGGAACAGAUAUCAAAGAAAGUUCAGAGAGUGAUACAGCACUAGACAAAAAACAAAGCUCAAAUAAUAAAGACAUAUAUGAUCCACCAAUGAGACAAAUGCCAGAUACAUGUUGUGUGGACUCAGCCAUGGAACAGAACAUAAAUAACUCAAGCACCAAGGAUCCAUCAAUAAUAAAAAUUGCAGAAAACUAUUACAAUCAUCAUUCAACCACAUCACAAUCUUCAGAUAUUAGUAUUGAAAAUCUCUCCAUUAUGUGUACCCAGGAUCUUACAUUGAAACAGAGCCCAGAUAGCAUAACCACCCAAGACUUAAAGUUGGAGAAAAGACUAGAUAAUGAGAGUACUGAGUAUUCUGCCCUGAAACAAAGCUUCGAAAACCUGGGCACCCACAAACAAUCCAUAAGACAGAGCCCAGAUAACAUAGGCACCAAUAACCCUGCUGUAAGGCAAAGUCCAGAGGAGAUACAUUCCCAUGAUCUUGUCACAAGACAAUGCUCAGACAUUAUUGAAACCCAGGAUCCUAUGAGACAGAGUAUAGAUAUCUUGGUUACCCAGGAGUCUGACUUAGAGCAAAGUGGUGAUGCUAUGGGUAGUCAACAUCAGGCCAUGACCCAAAGCCAAAAUAAUAUGGUCACCCAGGAUCUGGAAAUCAGAUCAAACCUGGAAAUCAUACAAAUAUAUAAACGAGGCAUAAGCUCAAAUAUGGAUAAUGUUGAUGUAAAGGAGUGGGCUACAAGCACCUGCACUAAUAUUAUAGAUACAAACAAACAAGAGCUUGGCAUGGAACCCUCCAUGGAUCAUAAUAGCCCACGGAAUUCUGAUGUGAUCACUCAUUGUUCAGAGCAGGUUACCAGUUCAUGCUCUGUGCCUGGAGUUUGCAGUGUCUUUCAGUCUUAUUCUCAGGCUCCAAGACCCAUCCUUCUUCAUUCAGACCCCUCUGUAGACCGGAUCUUACAGAAUUCCAUCUGUCCACAAAUCAUUCAAGGCUGCUAUGUGACUAAUACCGAUGGUAGGAACCCUGAAGUUGCCCAGUACCUAAUCUUGCAAGACUCCGGGGGUUGUCUCCCAGGUGUGAAUCCUGUGAUCCUUAGAGAGAUGGCUUCAUCACGUGAUUCCACUGGGGACUCUUUAGAGGUUUAUGAUGCUGAAUCUCUGGAGGGAAUGGUAGAAGUGGUUAUAGUUCAGCACUACAAGUGCAAGAUGUGCCAGUAUAAAAGUGGAUCCAAGUCUACUUUGCUUCGCCAUAUUAGAGAUCGUCAUAUCCUUACAGGUGGCAAAGAUGAAAAGAAAGACAGAGGAUGCAAACUGGCACGGGCAAGAGAUGAAGAUGAGGAGGAAGAAGAGGAUGAUAUUGUGGAUGCCGGAGCUAUAGAUGACCCUGAUGGUGACAGUGACUACAGUCCAGGGGAGGAUGUGAAUCACGGCCAGGUCCUAAGUUCUCCACCAGGUACCCUUGCCAUAGAAAGAUCCCGCAGAAAACCUGGGCGCCCUCGUAAGAUCCCGCGCAUCCAUGGUCCUGAACUGAACUACACAUCUCCUCCACCUCUCUCCAAUGACAGCCAGAAUGAUCUGGGCAUUAGUCAAUCUGAUCUUGAGAACAAGGACCCCCACUGUGAUCUUGAGAACCAGGUCUCUUCCAACCCCAACCCCGAUGAGCUGAAAAUACAAAACCGACCAAGGGGCCGCCCACCUAAACAUUUUCGUGGGAAGAAGUACCGCAGAUAUGGAGGACGAAGGUAUUACAAGCCCUCCACCAAGAGGUUACUUAGGCCCUUCCUUUGUCGCGUCUGUGGUUCCCGUUUCCUAACACAUGAGGAUUUUACCUUCCAUGUAAGCUCACAUGAUGGCAGCAGUCAACACUUCCGCUGUCAACAGUGUAACUACCAGUGCCGGAGGUGGUCAUCUCUAAAGGAACAUAUGUUUAACCACAAAGGAAAUAAGCCCCACAAGUGUGAGGAGUGUGAUUACACAAGUGUGUACAAGAAGGAUGUGAUUCGACACUCUACUGUGCACAACAGGGAAAGAAAGAAGAAACCUGAUCAGCCGGCAAAAGCCAACACCUAUCCAUGUCCUGUGUGUAAUCGUGUUUAUAACAUGCAAAAGAGACUGACACAGCACAUGAAGACACACAGCACAGAAAAACCGCACAUGUGCGACAAGUGUGGCAAAGCCUUCAAGAAACGGUACACCUUUAAAAUGCAUCUUCUAACGCACCUACAGAGUGUGGGCAAUAGCAGGUACAAAUGCGAGUUCUGUGAUCAUACAUGCGAGGACCGAAAACAGCUUCUGAAUCACCAGUUUACUCACAUGAAUGAUAAACCGUUCAAAUGUGAUCAAUGCAAGUACACCACAUUCCGACAGGACUUCUUGUUGGCCCAUCAAGCCAUCAAGCAUACAGGUGGAAAACCAUUUGCUUGUGAUUAUUGCCACUUCACCACGAAACACAAGAAGAAUCUGCGCCUCCAUAUACAAUGCCGCCAUGCAGAUAUUUAUGAAGAGUGGAUUCAGCGCCACCCCGAGGAGCCUCCCUGCCGCCGCCGACCCUUCUCUCUGCAACAGAUUGAGGAACUAAAACAGCAACAUGGACAGCUGGAGAGCCAGACUAAUCUAUCAGAGGAAGUACAGGAUAUUUCUGCUCAGGACCCUACUGGGGACCUUACUUAUAUGAUGCAGCAAACUACUCAAAAUCCUGGAGAACAACAAUCUCGGAAUCCUCUUGGAGCAGCUACAGUCAUAUAUGAGCAAGAUGGAGGUCUGACAACACAAGCUGCCCUGGAUUUGCUUCUGAAUAUGAGUGCACAAAGAGAGGGCCCAGGUGGAAGUCUGCAGGUGGCUGUGGUAAAAUCUGGCUCAUGUGAGGAGGUACAGGAGUCAGAGGGCAGUGCUCAGGAACCCAACAUGGCUCAGGUCCUCACGUUGCACAUGGAUGAGAGAGAUGUAACCGAUGUGCCUCUGACGGUAUAUGAGGAGUCCAGUGAGGGCACUGUGCAACAGAUCACAAUUAAUGCAGCGUUUUCAACUGCAGGGUACAGCUUGAUAAGCCCAGAAAACAUCCAGGCAUCUCUCAUCAGUGAUACCGACGUUCAGUCUAGAUCUCCUCAGGCCCUUCUUGAAGAAACCCUAAAAGACAAAAGUAACCUGCAGGUUCUGCACAAACCACAAGUUCAAGUUGCCCCAAGUGCUACUUCCACACCUCCUGCAGCUAAGAAGUUUUCUUGUAAAGUUUGUGGCGCUGCUUUCUGGGGAAGAGCAGAAAUGGAGAGUCACAAGAGAGCUCACAUUGUGGAUGGUAGUGGAUUUAAGUGCCCAGACUGUCCUUUCAGUGCCACUGCCUGGCCUGAGGUUCGGGAUCACAUGUCUUUGCACUCGAAUCUGCGCCCGCACCGUUGCAAUCAGUGCAGUUUUGCAUCUAGGAAUAAGAAGGACCUGGGCAGACAUGCCCUGACACAUACCAACCACAGGCCACACGCGUGUCAUAUGUGUGGACAGAGAUUUAAUAGGAAAGGUCAUUUGAAAUUCCACAUUCAGCGUCUACAUGGUUGUGGUGGCAGAGAGCAGCCAGAGAGUGGAGAUCUGUCAUCUGCCCCUGCUGUAGAACAAGAACACAUUUUCUUGACGCAGGAGGAAACUGUGGCCAAUCAGGAGGAUACAGCCUAUAUACAGGAGAUCACUACAGCAGACGGGCAGACCCUGCAACAGCUAGUGACUGCAGAUAACCAGGUCCAAUAUAUCAUUUCUGAAGAAGGAAUUCCUCACCUCAUUCCACAGCAAUAUGUAGUGAUACCAGAAGGCCAUCAUAUACAGGUCCAGGACGGGCAAAUCACUCACAUUCAGUAUGAACCCGGUGCUCCUUUUUUGCAGGAUCAACAGAUUCAUUUUGUUCCCAUGUCGCCAGCACCACAGAUCCUCACACAGGAACAGAUACAGAUUGCAGCACAUUCUGCUGUUACAGCAGUGGCAGAUGCAGCAAUGGCUCAGACAGUGUUCAGCACAGAAGUAGAGUCAUCUAUGCAACCGGACCUAGAGUAUGAUGUCAUUACACUUGGGGAUUGAGGUCAUCUCAUCACUUGGAUAUGCUGGCAUCACUUUGCACACUCCCUCAACUCUCAAGUCUUCCUCUUCACUGCAGUCGACAUCAUAUGGAUGAUGUUUGCUUAAAAGAUUCAGUCAUGAUGUCAUGAAACCGCAGUAGCCAUCAGUUGUCAAGACAGCAGAUCAGGAUGGCCCGUUCUUAAGAGAAUGUGGAUGGGAAAUAUAUUAUAUUGUGUAAUUCCUUUGUAAAUUAAAUUAAUUAUUUAGCUCCAAA